AUGGCUGCAAAACUAGGAUUUGAUAUUCCACCGCUCGAGCUAGGGAGGAUUAUCCCUCCGUGUCCACUCCCUAAUGACGCGCCUCCUGAGACGGUGGAAAGUUCUGGUGACGUCCAUGCAAUGAUGAUUAUAUCCAACAACAAUCUUCCUCAUCAGCCUAUCGACGUUCAUCUGCCUCCUCAAGGAGGCUCUGAUGAUAUUCCAACGGAAAAUUCUGUUUAUAUCACAUCUCAUGAAUCUAAUGCUGAUCCCAUUGAUGCUCCUUUAGUCCGUUCUUUUGAUUCUGAAGUUGUUGCCAGAGCCGCCCCGAAAACCCUGAGCACGGCACUGGUUGUUGUUGAAGCUGAUGUUAUGAACCCCAUCUCUCUUGAAAGUGGUAGCAAAGAUAAUGACAAGGAGAGAGAAUACAACCAAGAGGAAGACAAAGUCGAAGAUCACAACGUUGUUGUAGAACCUCCAACCCGAAAGAGAAAGUCCCAAGUCAACACUGAGGAAAAUAUGGUAUCAAACAUUAUUGGAGUCACAAGACCAAAAAACAAGACCCAAAGUGUCAUAAUUCAGGUUGAAAGCGUAGAAGACUAUCCUGACGAUGGUUUUCGCUGGAGAAAAUAUGGUCAAAAAGUUGUCACCGGAAAUGCAAAUCCAAGGAGUGACUACAGAUGCACAUACACUGGGUGUGAGGUGAAGAAACUUGUAGAGAAAAGCGUAGACAAUGUGAAGUUAGUGGUGGCUACAUACGACGGGAUACAUGAGCACGUUCCACCACCUGAAUGCAUAAGCAAAUCCAGUACAAAGAAUCAAUCCGGUUCGUCAAUGUCUCAAGAUCCUAGCAUGCAAACCCUUGGGUUAGGUAUGUUGCCUUCUUGCGUUUCGACCUCUCAGCUUUUGCCGUCUCCCUUGGCCCCACAAAUGGAUAUGAUGCAAAACUAUAUGGAUGGAGUCUCUAAGCUGCCAAGUUUACCGGCUAACAGGAAUCAUGGUGUUAUGAACCGGAAUGAUGAACCGAAGAUUGAUCUUGUGAUACCCGACGGUGCAGAGGGUAUUCAAGGAGAUAAGGGAGCGACUAUUUCGUAA